UCAAGGUGCAUAAUCCAGUCUGACCGGUGUUUUCUUAAUUCAAACAAACAUUCGUUAAGUAAGAAAAUAACUUCAUUUCCCACAAUUCUUUGUUGUUUCUGAUUGUCCUUUUUCUACUACUUCCCCUCGCCUUGCGCAAGCUCACAUCGUUGGAGAAUGCGGAUUUCGAAGCUAAUAAGGAUAGCUAGCUAGCAAGCUAAAAACAAGCUUCUUGUUAGGUUUCAGGCUGCUUAAAUGUCUAAAACAAAUCCACAGCCCCCGUCGUCUUCGGUAGCAACGACUACCGGAGUACCCUCCUCGUCUUCUUCGUCCUCCCCCGCAGGGGGCUCGACGUCUCCUGCAACCGUGUUGAACGUACAGCCUGAGAAACCUCAACAUUACACAUAUCUCAAAGAGUUCAGAACUGAGCAGUGUCCCCUGUUUGUUCAGCACAAAUGUACACAACACCGGCCCUUUUCCUGUUUCCACUGGCAUUUCCUUAACCAGAGGCGCCGGAGACCCAUCCGCAGACGGGACGGAACCUUCAACUACAGCCCAGAUGUCUACUGCACCAAGUACGAUGAGGGGACGGGUACCUGUCCUGAAGGAGACGAAUGUCCCUUCCUGCACCGAACAGCCGGAGACACGGAGCGGAGAUACCACCUCCGCUACUAUAAGACCGGCUCGUGCAUCCAUGAGACGGAUUCCAAAGGCCACUGCAGCAAGAACGGCUCCCACUGCGCCUUUGCUCACGGAUCACAUGACCUGCGCAGCCCAGUGUAUGAUAUCAGAGAAAUGCAGGUGAUGGAGUCUCAGGGAGGCUCGGGGGCGGCGGAAGGAGGUGGAGGAGACGGGCAGUCUGGACAAGCAGCAAGCACUGCCCUGAUAGAGAAGAUCCUGAGUGAAGAACCACGCUGGCAAGAUCACAAUUAUGUGCUGUCACACUACAAGACGGAGCUGUGUAAGAAACCCCCCCGCCUGUGUCGUCAGGGAUACGCCUGUCCGUAUUACCACAACAGCAAGGACAGGAGGCGCAGCCCGCACAAGCACAAAUACAGGGCGCUGCCGUGUCCGUCGGUGAAACAGGGAGAGGAGUGGGGCGACCCCAGCAAGUGUGAGGGAGCUGAGGCCUGUCAGUACUGCCACACCAGAACCGAGCAGCAGUUCCACCCAGAGAUCUACAAGUCGACCAAAUGUAACGACAUGCAGCAGAGUGGGAGCUGUCCCAGAGGACCCUUCUGUGCCUUCGCUCAUGUAGACAAGCCUUUUCUUCAUGAAGAACCAUCCUUCCCCAACCCCAGCUCCCCCCCAGUCUCAAGACCUGCAGAACCCCUCCCGGGCCAGGAGGCUCCUCUUAGUCCCAGCAGUCUCAACGUGGGUCCUGGGCCUUGCUCCGCCUCAGAUCUCUUCUCCCUCUCUGCAUCCGAGCAGGGGCUGCUGGGUGGUGUCUUGUCUCUGUGUGAGGAUGCCAUUGGGGGGCCAGACCCCCUGUCUCCUUGGGCGGGGCAUGGGGCGUACGGCAGGGCUCCUGGGUUUGAACGUGAAGAUCAGGCCAAACACCGAAGUUUUUCCCUGGAGCAUCGCAGCAAAGAGUUUACAUCAGCACACAGCAAACAGGACCUAUUGGUGUUUCUGCCUGUUGGCAGCCCUUUGAGUUUGUCCUCCAGCAUCCCUUCCAGCCUGGCUGCCACGCCGCCAAGCCCCGCCCCUCUGGGACUACCGUGCUCCAGCAUCUCUUCAGGCAUGAACGCCAAUGCCCUGCCCUUCUACCCCACCAGUGAGACGGUGGAGUCUGUUGUUGAGUCGGCCCUGGAUGAUCUGGAUCUGAAUGACUUUGGUGUGUCAGCUCUGGAGAAAAGCCUGGGAAGCAGUAGCUCUGCACUCUCUAGUGUGGGUAUUAUGCUAGGAGGCAGCCAGCUUCAGAGUUCUGCUCCAGUCAACAUUCCAGGAUCCUUCAGCAGCUCCGCUCCCUUCAGCUCUCCCUCUCCGUCCCCUCCGGUCCGACCACACGCCUCACCUUUCUUCUCACACCUGUCACAGCCGGGCCAGUCGGAGAGCCCCUUCCUGGGACCAUCACAUAGCUCUCUAGGUUUGAAUGGCAUGAGCACAAACAUUUGGGAGCACCUCCCUUCAGGUCAGGGUUCUCCUGGCACCCCCCCUGCCCUGCUGCCCUCUGGGCCCUGUGCAGAGACGUCCAGGCUCAAACAGGAACUGGAGGAUGCCCACAGGGCUCUGAAGCAGUGGGGUCACAGCUGGAGACACACGGCUCAGUCGUGGGCCGCUCUCAAAGCCGAUGCAGAGGAGUCCCGUGCAAAUGCAACGUUGUUAUCCACCGAAGUCGAACGAGCCCGGCAUGCUGAGGAGGAGGCGCAGAGACAGAUCUCUCUCCUGAAGGAGGCGCUGGACAGUUUACGAAGCGGAGACAAUCCACACCUUGCACUGCAUCAACUCCAGCUACUUCACCGACUGCCCCUGGAGUCGGUCCUUAGUUUACAGGCUCAGCUCUGCACCUGCUUACACGCCGUGGAACAGGUGGUGUACCGGAAACAGAGACAGUGCUGUGUGACCUGUGGAGAGCAGGGCUCCGCGUCGCUGCCCUGUGGCCACGGACUGCAAUGCGAGAGCUGCUCCGCGUCCACGGAGUGUCCGCUCUGCCCUGAACAGAACCCAGAGCAGCAGCAGCAGCUCUCCUGACCUCACAGUGGUUAGGACUACAGAUUCCAGACCAGUCAGUCCUGAUUCCACAUUUACCAGCUUUGGAUCAUGACCGCCAUCUCAAAUAGAUUUAAUAAAUAAUAAUAACUGUAAUAUCAUAAGACGAGCACUGAUUAGGUUGUGUACUUUUGAAUUUCUUAAACCAGAGAAAAGACCAGCUGAGCGAGCAUUAGUCACCAAGUUAAAGCUCUGGUUAUGCUGCCAGUGUUACCCAUGGAGACCACAUUCUGCUGGUUAACGCUCUCAACCAGCAACACUGUACUCCGCUCAUAAACCACCUGCUGUUAUUUGUUUCUCCCCUUAACCAUCAAUUCUUUACUUAACUAGUUUUAAACCAAGUGAUCUGAAAGGUUAACCAGACUUUAGCCACCAUAGUUGCUCCGAGCCUCGUGGUUUUUGCAGAAGCUUUUUUGACUUCCAUAAACUUUUCAUCGAGAGCCCACUCAUUCAUGUGCUGUGUGAGAAACGUCCUUGAAGGACGGACGGAGGACUGUUUUUAAGUGCUUUUCACAGUGUGUGUGUGUGUGUGUGGGGGGGGGGAUCCCCCUGGAAACACCUCCAGCUUCAGCCCUGCAGCCAGAGGCUGUCACCACGAGCCGUCCUGGCAGCAGAAUGCUUUUACGUGAUAGUUUUAGCCGGUGAAUUGUAAAAAGGUCAAAUACUAAAAAGUUUGAAUUGUGCAGCAAUCUGUCAGAAACACAGGUUUGUCUCAUUCCUCAGCAGGAAGACAUCACAAUCGGGGGCCAGGACACGGGAGUAUUUUUUAUUUAACUCUCUCAUGCCAACACAAAACACCCCAAACGAAGCCAUUUUCAUAAAUGAAAUUUAUUUGCCAAAUUUAUGCAUUUGUGGUCAUUUUUGGCAUUUCACCAACUUUAUAAUAUAUAUCUCAUAUAUAUUAUAUAUAAAUGUAUACACACACAAAAGUGACGUUAUAGCUUUCUUUUGCACUGAUUCUUCUUACCAUCAGGACGCAUACGGAUGUGUAAAUGUUUAGAUGGAGGUGUGAAAGUGUUGGCGAUCACUGUGACGGGUCUUUGGUAAACCAUGUUGUCCACACACAGCUCAUGCAAUGCCAGUGUUUCCUUCUGAGUGCUUUCUUUUUCCUUUUUUGGUACUGAUCAUUAAAACAAAUUGUAUAUUUUUGGAGGAA